UUGGCGAUUUGCAUCGCGGGCAAGGAGUUACACAGGACAGGAGACUGAAGAGAGUCAACCACGUCCCAACCAUCGUAUUCUUCACGGCUAGUUGAGAGACAAAAUACAAUGAAAAAUCACUCAUGAGAGGCACAAAGUUGGUAUGUCGAAAACUAUGUGGACGGUUUUCUAUGCUUAGUCUUCUUCGUCAGUGACGAACAAAAACACAACAAGGGUUUCCUGGGAAUUCACGGUGUCUUUAAGCUCCUUUGUUUUCCAUUUCAGACUCUUUCACACCCAACUUAGAUUUCUCUUUUCCUACACAUAUUUAUCAGGUUGAAGAACAACAAUUAAAAAAAGGUAUGAUGUCAAAGUCAAUGGAAAACAAGAAAGCAAGCUUAUUAAGAUCAGCAGUAAAAAGAGCAUUGGCCAUAAAGAUGGAGGAAGAGAAAAGAAAACAACAAGAAAUUGAUCUAGUUCCUUAUAUUCCGAAAGAUUGUGUCUCAAACAUCCUUGUACGACUUCCUCUUGAAGCUCUUCAAAGGUCAAGGUUUGUUUGUAAGCCUUGGUAUAACCUAAUUAAUAGCACUAAGUUCAUUGAUGACCAUCUCAGACGCUCUGAAACUGUUUUACUGUUUCUGUCAUCAAUUCAAAAAAAGUUAUCCGACUCUAGGAUGGUAUCAAUUCUUCCUGAGAACCCAAAAGCAGUUUCAGUUGAAGCAAAACUUUAUCAUGCAAAUUCUGCCAUUGUUUUCGAUAAACUGCUUGUUGACCGAGCUUCAAAGUUUUCGAUCCAAUUUUUAGAAUUAAAAAAUGGAAAGUGCCAGAUAGGAGAGUACAACAUUAGCUGUUUGGGCAAUAUCAGGGCUACCUGCAAUGGUCUGAUCUUGCUUGAUGACAAAAUGAAGAAAGGAGGACUUGUAAUCAUGAAUCCAGUGACUAGAAAGUUGAUGCCUCUUCCACUUGGUACUCUUUCAUCUCGACAUGAUGAAUCUUAUGGCUUUGCGUUGAGCAAAAUUAGCGGUGAGUAUAAAGUAGUGCACUUAUUUCAGGAUUAUCUGGGAUACAUCAGUUGUGAGAUUCUGAACAUUGGAACAAGAUCAUGGAGAGAGGUCGAUGGUCCUGCUUUCGGGCUCCUUCGUUGGUUCGGAUAUGACCCUGUGUUUGCAAUAGGAGCUUUGCAUUGGACUCCUGAAAUCGACCAUAGUGAUCACAUAGUGUCUAUGGAAGUGGACAGCGAAAGGUUUCGCCAAAUAACACUUCCGAAGAGUAGCAGUACUUAUGACCGGAUCAUUGAGAUGAGUGGCUUCUUAGGCUUUGUGAGUCAUGAUGACGAGUUUAACCAAAUAGAUGUGUGGAUCUUGAAAAGCUUGCUCGGGGACGUCUGGUCGAAGCACCGUCGUAUAAUCACAGGCUGUAUACUAGACAUGAUUCCCCUUUUUAGUUUAAGAAUCACAGGAGAACUAGUAUUUAAGAGAGAUGAAGACGGCUCAAUUUAUGUUUAUGAUUUCCAGUUCCAUCGGAUGACGAAGGUCGAAAUGAUGAAGAAAUGCGUCCCUUUUGCAGUUUCGUACUUCCCUCAUGUCAACAGCCUUGUCUCUUGGUAAAACACAGAUGGAAAACAAGGCAUGUGAGAUUGAUAACACGCUUCCUCAGGUGAGAGUAAAUUUGUGAAGUAUAUCGUAUGGAAUGCAAAUUCAGCAAUAAAUUGGAAUUUCUCUGUUGUCUUUUGUAUGUAUUUAUGCUUUUACUUUGGUCUAUCAUGCUUUGGUAUAGUUGUGGGGUGUCUAUAUGCAGUGUCCAGAAUA